CCCCCCGAGACACACAGUAGCGCCUCCGCCGCCACUCUCUUUGCCCAGCGCCAGCCACCCGCCGGCACCAUCCCCGCCGCCGCUCUCUUUGCCCAGCGCCAGCCACCCGCCGCCACCUCCCCGUCGCCACCAACCCGCAACCCCACUCUCCAUGGCUAGUUCAGGAGGAAUGACGGGCUCCGGAGAAGGCGCACAGCGGAGCAACUCCAACAAAUCCGGCGACUCGAGCUCCUCUACCUCCUCUGCCACAAGCGGCGGUAGCGGGACAAGAAGAAGAAAGGGAAGACUCUGUCUCUGGGGAAAUUCCAUAUUGAGGUGGAAAGUGCAUAUCCUCAAGGUCAGUCUGCGGUUGCUCAAACUCGCGCUCGCACUGCUGAUCCUACUCCGCAGACUCGGCGUCCGAAUUACAAGAGUAAAGAGGAAUUCCCCCUCCUUGGGGCUUCGCCUGCCGCUUCAUCACACAAGCAGAAUUUCCAUGCGGCUGCACAUCCUCCCGAGUCUGACCGUCUGCUACCCCGUGAACAAGUGAUGGAUGUGAGUGGCUCUCCGUCUGAGCUGGCUUGUCUGAAGGCCGCGGCUGCUGAGCUGGCUCGUCUGAAGGCCCGUGACGACCUCUUGGAAGAGCUCGCCGCUGAAGGCAGCGCAGAGCUGAAAGCUGAGACCAACAUGCUGCUGAAGGAAUUUGCCCACUUGCUUCAAACUUACAAGAUGAAAGGCUGCAUCAGUUUCUAUGGACGUAGAGCGUUGCAAAUGGUUCCGAGCAACGAUUUCGACUUCGUAGUUGAUUUCAAUCACGUUCUUGAUGAAGGAUACAUUGACCUGGCAGUAAAGAUUGUGAAGGAAAACGAUGCUUGCCGUGGCAAUGCAUGGUUAUUAGGGACAGCAAUAAAUUUUCUCAGGACACCGCGUCUGCUGGAUAGGAAUGAACUGCAAUCCGUUUUCUUGGACUUUGAAAAUUUGCCCGUGUCCAUGAAGUCCUUCGCUCAGUAUGAUGCUUUAGACCUGGUUCAAGGAGAUGCUUCGCCCUUUGGACAGGAAAAUCAUCUGGUGACAGCCAGGUUUAUUGGCAGGCAGAUUUAUAUCAGCGCCGAGGAGCAUGUGCUUAAGCAGAAUCUUGCUGGAAAAACCUGGGGAGGGCAGUUUGAAGCAAAAGAUAUUUAUAUCAUUCUGUUCAGCCGCACAAGUAUCUUGUGCCUGAUCCGACCAAGUGGAGAAACCCUUGUUUGCUCUCCUGAAAAUAGGGUCUUGGACAUCAAAAAGCUGCACGAAAUCAUGUCUGUGAAGUAUGAACUUGCCGGACACUUCCCUCCGCACUUCAAAUGCCUGGAUGACGAUAUAUCUCUCUUGGACGCUACCACCAUUGAUGUGAGCUCAGUGGUGCAGUAUCUCCCUUAUCACGUUGCACUCAUGCCAUUUGCGGCAAACGAGUAUCUUACUGAGAAGCUGCACAAGGCUAUAGAAAGUGUCCGGAUUCCAGCCAACGAAUUCCGUGAUUAUAUCUCCGUGUUUGAGUCAGUGCCGGCUGGUAAUGUUGAUUGGAGGGACGACUACACCGAGUCAAAUUCACAGGAUGAGUUGCUAAAGGCAGUCUAUAAGCACGAUCCCAGAGCUAUCCAACAGAUUUUGGACAAGAGCAUUGGUCCAGUUCAGGAGGACACGAGCAACACUGAGGUGCAGAUCACAAGUGCCACUGUGCUCCAGGAGAACACGAGGUUCGCUGAGCUCCAAGAGAGCACAAGGCAGGACAGCUCAAGCUCCACGGGGGUAAGGUCUAGUGCAGUGACUGAGAAAACUAAGUUCAAGCGAAACAAGAAAGGAAAGCUAGCCUUCAAACGCCAUUUGGAUGUGCAUUUGCACAGCCACUUGGCUGCUAAAGCUGGUACAAGGCCGCUAAGUGGCAUGUUUCAGGCGGAGGCGUACUCAUCAAAAAACAACGAUGUUCUUGGAGAGAUAUUCACUGAUCUGUUCAGUGGUCCGUCAAUGAAGAUGAAGAAAUUCCUUCGGCCGAUCAUGGCACACUACCGUCACUUGAGAGAUAUGGAUGAUGAGUGAUGCCGAAGAGAGGUGGGGUUCGAUGCUGAUGGUGGCUGAUGGACAAGAAGUACAUUGGCUGAUGACCUAGUGUAGGUUCAGAGAGUAGUUUGACAUGGAAUAGACCUGUGGCCUUUGUAGCUUUUUAUUUUGUGAGUCGUGGCAUGUUGUAGUGGUGCUAUGGAUGUGGUAUCGGUAGACAGAGCAACUCAAGGGGAAGAACAUAUAUUCCUGGCUGGUGAAUCUUUUGUUGACUAUUUCUGCCCCAACA